AUGAGGAGGAACCCAGUACCUCCACCUAUUGUUCAGGAUGAAGAUAUGGCUAUGCGGAGUGCAGUACAGUUGUUGACUAGAUUGGUAGCCGCUCAGGCUCAGCGCCAGGUAGGUACAAGUGUUGGUCACGUUAACAAGGUCAUUAGCGCGAGAGUUAGAGACUUCAUCAACCUGGACCCUCCAGUGUUUACCGGGUCCAACAAGGAUGCAGACCCGCAAGACUUUAUUGAUAGGAUGCAGAGGACUUUGAGGGAAAUUUGGGAAUUAUCUAAAGGGACAAAUGCAUCUCCAGCGGUAUGGGAAGAGUUCUCAGGGGCUUUCUUGUGUCAUUACUUGCCGGCAGAGAUUCGUCAGGCAAGGGUAGAUAGGUUCCUGACACUUAAACAAGGGGAUAUGAGUGUGCGGGAGUAUAGCCUCCAGUUUGAUUCCUUGGCGAGGUAUGCCCCCUCGAUUGUGGCUGAAAUGAGUGACCGAGUGCACCGGUUUGUGGUAAGACUUGGGCCGCACCUAAUUAAUGAAUGCUUCAUGGCCGUUCUGCUCGAUGGUAUGGAUAUUUCCCGCAUCCAGGCUUAUGCUCAGAAUUUAGAGGAUCGGAAACGAAAACAAUAUGAGAAUCCAGAUGGGGUCAGCGUAAGAACGCUAGGUCUGCUAGGCGACCUGAGGAUUUUCUGUGCGAUCCUAUGUCACCAUACCCUGUUGAAAGUGUCUGACAGUUGCAGAAGCUGUAUUAUGAAGGAUCUGUCUAUUCUGAGUCAGGGGUCUAAUGUAUGCUAUACCUGCGGAGACCCUAGUCAUUACAUGAGGGAUUGUCCUAUAAAUGGUAGAAGCGGGAUGGUUCAACCUACCAGAUCUAUAACAGUCUCCUCCUCCUUAGUACGCCCUCAAGAGCGAGGCCCGCAAGCAUCAGCUGGUAGAGGUAGAGGUAGGAGUAGAGCAUCUAGCUCCGGCGGUAGUCAGAACCGCAUAUAUGCUUUGGCAGGUCAUCAGGACCCAGAGGCUACACCAAAUGAUGUCAGGUACGGUUACUAUGGGUAA